AAAGAGUCAGAUUUUCUGUAAACAUGUGUUGGCAGCUAGAAUUGCCCAGAUUUUAGAUAAAUUAACCUACCAUGAGGUGACCCAUGAUCAAUAUUUAAUGUUACUCAAUUCUAUGUUCGAUUUGGAAGAUAACAAUGGAUGAAGGGACAUCAGAAUAUUAUUUUACGGCCUCUAUGGACUCUGGGAAAAAUUUAUGCAAUUUAUUAAAGGCAAUACAGUUUCAAGAGUCUGCUGUUUUCUGUGCAUUGCCUGAGGGUCUAAAACUAACAGUAGAGGAAGGGAAAUGUGUGCAAGCCUCAGCUUAUGUGCCUUGUGAUAACUUCACAGAGUAUCGUGUGAGGGAUGAUGUAGAUGUUAUGUUCAAGAUCAGUAUAGCAGUGCUAGCCGAAUGUCUCAAUAUAUUUGGGUCUGGUGAAGAAUCCAGUUUGAAAAUGUACUACAGAUGUGAAGGAUCGCCUCUUUUGCUUGUAUUACAGCCCCAAUCCGUCAACAACGUGAUGACUGACUGCGAAAUCUUCACCCAAACAGCGGACUCUGUCCUGGAACUUCGAGAUGAGGACACCCCAGAAGUAGCCAAGCUGGUGCUCAAGGCACCGGCUUUCCUCGGCCUGUUGGCAGAUAUAGAGCGGUCCUGUGAUAUAAUCGAGUUGAACCUGUCACCGGAACACCCUAACGUCAGUAUUGUUACCUAUGGCAUGCAGGACAGAUCAUGCAUCGACGUUCCCAAGUCGUCAGAGAUGGUGCAAAGCUUCAGUUGUGACCAGCCCAUCACUUUGAAAUACCAGUUGCAUCACAUUAGACUCAUCAUGAAGGCCUUAGGCAUAUCUACUAAGGUAGUUUUAAGGUGCAGUUCCAACGGCUUGCUCUUGCUGCAGCUGAAGCUAGAAGACCAGAGGGAUCAGAGGCAAAUGUUUUCAGAGUUCUACAUUGUUCCAUUGCUUGACGAUUGAAGUAAUGGACUAAAAAAAUUUAGUUUUCUGAAAAGUAUUAGAUAUUUUUACAUUAAUAAAUACACAACUUUCAAAGUAGUAUGUUGAAAUAAAGGCUGUGAAAAAUAAACGAGAUGUUU